UGAGUUUGGUUAAAAAAAUAUGGGCCCGGGCUACAAAACAAGCGAAUACGGUAUUCUUAUUGUUGUGCACGAGUCACACUCCAGCUUUUUCUACACUUCAAGUAGUUUAUAAUGUCAUAGCUGAUCAAAUCAGUAUUAUAGUAAUGAUAAAGAGUUCCGCACCAAAUUCAGAAAAUUUCACCUUGGUUGGGAAAAGAAGCUCCAUAGUAUUUUGAAUUGUUUUAAACUUCUCAGGGCCCUGGAUACACAAUAGUUAACUAAUGAUUUUUAAACUUAUAUUCUGGAUCAUGACAGCGCUGCUGAAAGUCUUGUCGAACAAGCUUCAACUCUCAAGAAAGAGAUGGAAGCGAGAAACACAUAUCAAGAAAAUUUUGAUUGAACUGAACAAAGUUGCUGGACACAGACCAAGGUCUACUUUAGUCUUAGGUAUUCAGCAAGAAAAUAAUGCAAUUCGGUCCCUACAACAUGAAAACGAUGAAUUGCGACAAAGUUUGACCGAACACCAGAACGCAUUGGAACUUAUCAUGACCAAGUACAGACAGCAGAUGAUGAAAUUUACCAAGCACCAAAAAUCCACGAGAUGGCUGAUGUGAUGAGGCAUGCUGCGGAUGUUGAUGAUGAGCAAUAUGUCAGAGAUUACGAAGAAUUAUCUCGAUUGCAAACAGAAAAUGACAUUUUAAGAGAAAUGCUGAUGAUAUCUAGGAGUUCAUUUGGAUCAAGACUUAUAACCACUGAACAGAAAGAUUCUGAAGAUACUGAAAAACAAGAGAAUGAAUCUGAAAUGGUGCUCACUGACGAUACUACUAGUGAUAAGACAGUUAUACAUGAGGGGGAAUUCCCCUAAGACUACUCCCCAGACAAUUAUUAUAUUACAAUAGGGAGGAAGUUUAUGUUCCUUCAAAGGGUACUCCCCUAGUAUGUGUACCAGGUUCAUAAUUUAAUUCAGAUUUUCCUUAUUUUAGUUCUAUCAAGAGUUUGGGGGACUGUCUAUGUUAGCCAAGUGGGUAUAACCCCUGCCCAUAGGUUUCAGUUCCUUUUCACAACUUGAUAUAAUGUAGGCAAACAAAAUUAGUUACCUCUAUAUUGGUACACAUACUUCCGGAGCGUCCCUUACUCUUGUUAUUCAUUGUGUUUCUAUCGAAACUCAGUACUGAGAAAAUAUAUCUGGUUCAUACAAAGUACUCUGCACAAGGCUGUAGGCUGUCCAAGGGUUUUGCAGGUUUGCAUUGAAAAUCCUGUAGUCUAUAUCGGGCUACUCAACUGGCGGUCCGAAUCCGAACCUUUCAGGUAUUCGAUUUGUUAGCCCCACUUUUGAAGUUUCCUUUUAUAAAAUCAGUUUUAUAGAUUUAAAAAUAUAUAUGAAAAGAACUAUAACACCAUAACAAACAAUCUUGAUUAGCUAAUAAUCAUUAGUCGGCCGAGGAAUCUUGUGCUUGAGGAUACCGAAAUAUAAUGUCUGGAAAGUCCGGACCCAAAUAUUUUUAAAGUUUUGUAUGUGGACCUCCGGUAAAAAUAGUUGAGUAGCCCUGGUCUAUAUUAUUAUAUUUAUCUUGCUUAAAUAAAUAAUUAAAUAAUUAAAUACACGGAUAUAAUAUAAUAAGUGUGUUUCAUGAGAGACUUUCAUUUUCUCUACAUUAGAGGUAAGAUCAAUUCCGGCCCGACCCAGGCCCAUGGGUAUGGGCCCGACCCGAAUCCGACUAAUUAACUGGAUUUGCAGGCCCGAGCCUGGAGCAAACCCCAAAUUUCAUAUUUUAAUCAGGAGAUCUCUGAAUUGUCAUUGCAAGAGUGU